AAGUCCAACCCACAAACCAUGCCUUCUCUUCAAAAGUAUCAAGUUAACGUGGCCCGUCACGUGAAGCUGAUGGAUAAAAACAUAACAGCCAACUUGAUACGCCAUGAAUCCAUCGUCACAACCCGCGCUAAGGCCAAGAGAGCCCAAAGCAAAGUUGAAAGAUUUUUAUCAAGAACCUUGAACGAAAACCAGUCUAUGUUAGAACAACCAUUACAGUAUAAAUUAAAGAAUAACAAGAACUUGAGGUACUUGCAGCCUCCAGAUAUGACAGAUGUAGGCCCAAAGGUGUUGAACGAAUUGGCUCAAAGAUAUCCUAAUAGAAGUCAUGGGUUCACCCGUAUAAUAAAAUUGGAACCAAGAUUAGGUGAAGACAAGGCUCCUAUGUCCGUGUUGGAAUUGGUGGAUUCCAACUUGGAAGUCAAGUUCUGGUACUAUGCCAAAAUCGCCGCUAGAUUACAAUUACAAGGAUUGGAACUCGAUAGUUUGACUGCCAAUGAGAUCAGGAAGUUGACUACUUUCCGUAACGAUGGAGAAGUUGUUUUCGCCAAAGCAGUAGAAACUGCCAAAGUCGAAUUCUUCAAAUAUAACCCCGAGACUGAACAAGUUGAAGAUGCUGAAAUCCAGGAAAACCUCAAAAACGUCCCAAGGCCAUUCUCCAGAGACAGAACCGUAUCGAAAAAGUUCCAGACUAAGCCCAGACCCGCUGCUAGUGCCCUGGUGGAGCUUCCCAAAUCACCAUUUGCUACUGCUUAGAGUGGCAUGCUCAUCCGUCAUUUAUGUGUACAUAGUAAUAAACGACUCAAGU